CCUGAGUACAGAGUGGCACCGGAGAGCUCGGCGCGUUUCACCUGCGCGGCCGGAGGCUUCUUCCCCAGAGACAUCAGUGUGAAAUGGCUCAAAAACGGGGUCCAGGUGCAAGCUCCGCAGCCCCAGGUCACUGCUGGGCAGGCAAACUCCUCCUACAACGUGUCCAGCACCGUGGAGGUGCUCCUGCAUGCUGCCGACAUCCGCUCCCAGCUCACCUGCGAGGUCAAGCACUCCACUCUGGCAGCCCCGCUGACGAGGACGUUCCACCUCCGGGACGCUGUGCGAGUGUCCCCCACCGUGCACGUGCGCGCUGACCCAGCCAGCCCUGUCGAGGUGAACGAGACUGUGAACUUCACCUGCUACGUGGAGGGGUUUUAUCCAGACGUGGUGACCGUCACCUGGCUGGAAAACGGGACGGAGGCAAACGUGGGGAAACCCCCCCGUCCGACGGAGACCUCCCAGGGGACGUUUGAGCUGCAGAGCCUCCUGGAAGUCCAAGCGACGGAGGAGAAGAAUCAGUCGGUGUUCACCUGCCAGGUGGUGCACGACUCCCAGAGCCCUGUCCGCAGCGCCGCAACCCUGCGGAUCGCCGUGCCGGCUGCUGAAUGGGGACCGAGCAACCCGUCCCACGCAGAUAAGGGUGAGUGUGAGCCUGCUGCUGGCCUUACAGAUGCAGUCCCUGAGGAGGAGGCUCUUAGCUGUUGUCCUCCGGAGAAAGCUCAAAGUCCCACCAGAAUCCUGCACGGCAUAAGAGCCUGCCCAGCCUCCAACGCGAUCUGCUUUCCGCUAUCUCGGCGCCGUGCUGAGCUGCUCCUCGCCCCGCUCCCGUUACCAUGCGGGCCGGACGAG